GACGACCGACGACCUACGCGCAAAGAACCGAAGUAUUGCUUUGAUGAGUGUUGACAUAAAUGUGAAACUCACAACUUACAGGUAGUCCUCAAUUGCUAUUGUAUUGGAAUUAAUUUCAACUGCUCAUAAGAGGAAUUAAAAAGACUCGGCAAAUAAAAAUUGCGAGGCAAUUGGAAAUGGGUUCUUCAAGAUUACUGCUUCUCUUCUAUCCCACUUUGAUUCAACUACUUGUUGUGACCAUUGCACAGCCAAUUCCACCAUUGUUUUAUUUCUGCAAUAACAAUGGUAAUUUCACUGCUAACAGUACUUACAGUUCCAACCUUGAUCGCAUCCUCACCUCCCUCUCCUCCAAUACUAAAAUCAGUAGCGGCUUUUACAAUGAUUCAAUCGGCCAAAACACCGACAAAGUUAAUGCAAUUGCACUUUGUAGAGGAGACACAAAGCCUGAAAUAUGCCGGAGUUGCAUUGGAAACUCCAGCCUAGCACUAAAGCAGCUUUGCCCUAACCAGAAGGAAGCUAUUACCUGGUAUGACAAUUGUAUGUUAAGAUAUUCAAAUCGCUCCCUGUUUGGCAGUAUGGAAAUAAAUCCGAGUUUUGUAAUGUGGAACGUCAACAAUGUCUCCCAAGUAACUCAAUUCAAUCGGGUGCUAAAGACCUUGUUAGAUAGCUUGGUUACUCAAGUUGCAUCAGGCGAUUCUCUACGCAAGUUCGCGACAGGAAAUGCAAGAACUACAAGUAAUCAAACUAUAUAUGCACUGGCUCAGUGUACUCCUGAUUUGUCGAAGCAGAACUGCAGCGAUUGCUUAGCUAAAGCAACUGGAAUCAUUCCACAAUGUUGUGAUGGGAAGCAAGGGGCCAGAGUGGGUACACCUAGUUGCAAUUUCAGGUACGAGAUAGAGCUUUUCUAUGACUCUGCCGCCGAGACACUGCCACCAUCACCAUCACCAGCUCCAGCACCUCUACCAUCAUCAUCUUCACCACCACUGGCGCCUCCACCUCUACCAUCGUCAUCUUCACCACCACUGGCGCCUCCACCUCUACCAUCGUCAUCUUCACCACCACUGGCGCCUCCACCUCUACCAUCGUCAUCUUCACCACCACUGGCGCCUCCACCUCUACCAUCGUCAUCUUCACCACCACUGGCGCCUCCACCUCUACCAUCGUCAUCUUCACCACCACUGGCGCCUCCACCUCUACUCAUCUUCACCACCACUGGCGCCUCCACCUCUACCAUCGUCAUCUUCACCACCACUGGCGCCUCCACCUCUACCAUCGUCAUCUUCACCACCACUGGCGCCUCAACCACCAACUGGUAGAGCUAGCUUAAUAGGAAAAGCAAGUAAUAUAGCUGCAGGAGGUUUCAUCGCCACUUUGCUCCUAGUGUUACUUUAGUGGUACCUUUCGUCUUCAUCUCUCUAUUCACGACAUUUCCGAUCGGAGAAGGUUGAAUCAAUGUAUUCUGUGUAAACGGUUUUGCUCCAUAAUAUAAUGAAAAAGGCUAAAUAAGUGGUUUUGGCUAGUAUUGUUUUCUGCAUAGAUAAUUUGCAGGAAUAUGUAAUAGCUGUAUCUUAAUUUCACAUGUCCUGGUUGAACA